CCAGACAUUAUCAUAUGUAGGUGACGAUAUAACAGUUAGUCCAGGUAUUCCCUGGUGUAUUCCGUAUUACGAAACCUAAUAAUUAACAAGCUAUUGGUAUAAAUAAGUAAUCAGACAUGCUAUACAGAACAGAUAUCGACAAGGGGAUAUAUAUCAAAAGUACGAAUACUUCUUAAAUCUGAUAGAGAUGAUGGGAUAUGACCCAAUACACAGGGCUAGUUCCGUUACCUACCAAACGACUGGUACAUUCAGAUAUCCAUCUGAUGUAUAUGAAGAAGACCCGUACAGAGAUGUCAAUUGUCCGUCACCCCCUCCAAACCCUACAGGCAGAUAUGGUGCUUAUACUCCCGGUCGUGUUACCCCAGGGAGACCGGGAUCAAGGAUUAACAACGCAACACAGGAUUAUCAAGAUCAGACAGAAUCCAGAUUAGGAUAUAAUAACGACUUCCGGUAUUCGUCCCCACCCCCAAUGAGACUACAGAGAGAGAUGACCAUGCCUGCCAGGACGGAGGAACCACUAGAUCCAAUCACAAGACAGUAUUACAAUCGGCUGUUUCACAGAUCUCAAAGUCCAGACAUGAAUCUUAACCGAAUGGGACGAGCUGGUGGCAGAUGGCGUCAUAUAACUUCUUGUUUUGCAAACACAGGAUCGCAUAUGUCUUUUGUAGAAGGUACAGUUAAACAAGUAGAUAACAAUUUUAUGUUACCAAAGAGACAACCAGCUCAAAAAAUAAGUUUUUCAAAUAGCAUGGCUAAUCCAAGGACAAUGUACAGAGCUCCAUCCGCCACGAAACGGAAACCAAAAUACAAUUCUACUUACUAUGAUCAUGCCAAAAAUGGAUUUAAAUAUUGGUAUCAAGAGCAAAAUAAGCCAAUGGAUCCGGAAUGGGACGAAACCUUACUAGAUAGUUUAGUUAAUGAUAGAUACAUAACGUGGCACCCAGUCUUUGGAUAACAGGACGAGCCAGUGAAGAAAUUUAUUAAACUACGUCAAUAAUUUAUUUAGAAAAAAAACAACAACAAGGCAAUUGUAAAAUUGUCAUAUUUGCUCAGAAGAACGAUCUGACCAGGACCAAUUUUAAAGAACUUUUUGUAUAAAGCUAUGUUAUUUAUUAAAUUAUAUAGAAGACCCUAGUCAAUCUCAAAAUAUUCUGUGAUAUUGCUCCGCUCUGUGACAUUUGCUUGUUCGGAUUCUAAGUUAUUUAUACACACUGGUAAAUAAAAUAUUUAAAUACUAAA